AUGGCAGAACUAGACCGAAAUGUCCCCAAGGGUUCGCUGGUGCUUGUAACCGGCGCAAAUGGCUAUGUGGCGGCACAGGUCAUUAAGCACUUUUUGGAGCGCGGGUACAAGGUACGGGGUACUGUCCGCGAUCUCGAGAGGGCUUCCUGGCUCGUCGACGAUGUCUUCAAGGCGUAUGCCGACCGCGGCGACCUGGAGCUAGUCACUGUGCACGAUUUGGCCGCCGAUCAUGCCUUCGACGAUGCCGUCCGUGGUGUCUCCGCCAUCGCCCAUGUCGCCUCCGUUGUCAGCUUCGACCCGGAUCCGAACAACGUGAUCCCUCAGACCGUACGCGGCGCGGUUUCCAUCCUUGAAGCGGCGCUCAAAGAGACGUCGGUGCGGGCGUUUGUGUAUACCAGCUCCAUCGUGGCGGCUGCAAUUCCCCAGCCGGGUGUCGAUACGCAUGUCAAGUCGGAUACGUGGAAUGACACCGCCUUGCAAAUGGCCUGGGCCCCACCGCCUUAUGGAGCCAAUCGGGCUCGUGGCUCCAUUGUGUACAUGGCGAGCAAGGUCGAGGCGGAGAAGGCGGUCUGGAAAUUUGCCGUGGAGAAGAACCCUCAUUUCACCGUCAACACCGUCGGCCCGUCGAGUAUUAUGGGAGAGCCACUCCACAUAAGCCACAUCCAGAGUCCCAUCUCUUGGAUGAAGCAGCUCUACGACGGCAACAUGGACCUUCUGCGCAAUUUCCCCGCAUCAUACAACAUCGACGUCAAAGAUGUUGCCCUGCUCCACGUCGCGGCGGCCCUCGACCCAGAGGUCAACAAUGCCCGUCUACAGGCCUGGGCCGAUCCUUUUAACUGGAAUACGCUCCUGGCAAUGUUGAGGAAGCUCUAUCCUCAACAAAAGUUCAUUGAUGACCUUCCCGGUAUGUCGGAGCUGAGUCUUACUACCGGUACUACUCAGCAAUUGGCCCUGCUGAAGAAGUGGGCAGGCCAGGAUGGAUGGCGGACGCUGGAGCAGACUGCGAAGGAUAAUAUGGACGCGAUUCUCAAGUGGGAGGGCCAAACAAUAAAAUAG